AUGGCACAGAGUCAUUUCCAAACACAUCCAAGCGCUUACACAGGACUGAAGCCGUAUUGCUGCAGUGAGUGCGGGAAGAGUUUUGCUCUAAACACUAGUCUCCGCCGACACCAGCAAGUUCAUGGGGCGGUGAAGCCGUAUCGAUGCUCAGAGUGUGGAGAAGGUUUCACACAACAGACUAACCUCAAAGCCCACCAGCGCAUUCACACAGGAGAGAAACCGUACCACUGCUUAGUGUGUGGGAAGAGCUUCAGUAGACAGGAUUGUCUCCGGAAACACCAGUGCGUUCACACAGGAGAGAAACCAUAUCACUGCUCAGAGUGCGGGAAGUGUUUUACUCAAGUGGGUUCUCUCCAAACACACCGGCUCAUUCACACUGGAGAGAAACCGUAUCCCUGCUCAGAGUGUGGAAAGAGUUUUAGAAAACAGAGUACUCUCCAAACCCACCAGCGCAGUCACAUAGAACUGAAGCCUUAUCAUUGCUCACAAUGUGGGAAAAGUUUUACUCUAAAAAAUAGUCUCCACGUACACCAGCGCAUUCACACAGGAGAGAAACCAUUUUACUGCUUAGAGUGUGGGAAAAGUUUUAAUCAGCUAGGUACUCUCCAAACGCAUCGCCGCAUUCACACAGGGCAGAAACCGUAUUACUGUACAUUGUGUGAGAAGAGUUUUAGUAGGGAGAGUACUCUCAAACGACACCAGCUUAUUCAUACUGGAGAGAAACCGUAUCACUGCUCAGAGUGUGGAAAGAGUUUUACUCAGCGGACUAGUCUCCAAAUUCACCAGCGCAUUCACACAGGAUUGAAGCCAUAUCACUGCACAGUAUGUGGCAAGAGUUUUACCCUAAAGAUUAAUCUCCACAGACACCAGCACAUUCACACAGGAGAGAAACCGUAUCGCUGCUCAAAGUGUGAAAGGAGUUUCCAAAACAGAAAUACUCUCAUAAAACACCAGCGCAUUCACACAGGAGAGAAACCGUACCACUGCUCAGAGUGUGGAAAGAGCUUUACUCAAGUGGGUUCUCUCCAAACACACCGGCGCAUUCACACUGGAGAGAAACCGUAUCUCUGCUCAGAGUGUGGAAAGAGUUUUAGAGAACCAAGUAAUCUCCGAACACACCAGCGCAGUCACACAGGACUGAAGCCUUAUCGUUGCUCAGAGUGUGGGAAGAGUUUUGCUUUAAAGAAUAGUCUCCACGUACACCAGCGCAUUCACACAGGAGAGAAACCCUUUCACUGCUCAGAGUGUGGGAAGAGUUUUAAUCAACUAGGUACUCUCCAAACGCACCAGCGCAUUCACACAGGCCAGAAACCGUAUUACUGUACAUUGUGUGAGAAGAGUUUUAGUACGGAGAGUACUCUCAAGCGACACCAGCGCAUUCACACAGGAGAGAAACCGUAUCACUGCUCAGAGUGUGGGAAGAGUUUUAAUCAACGGACUAGUCUCCAGAUUCACUGCGCAUUCACACAGGAUUGA